AUGGGUAGAGAAGUGACCAAUGUGAGGAUGCUGUCAGAACUGGAAGAUAGGGCUACUCGGGAAGCAGGGCCUCCUCAGGAAGCCCAGAGGCGGGAGCACCACGGACAGCUCACCGCGCAGUCCCAAACGGGCGCCGUCAGCAGGGCUCACCCACCCCAGUCGCCCCGCCAGCACCUGGUAACCCUUGGGGCCUCGGCCGACAAGGAGAAGGAGCGUCCCCUGAGUUGUUGCGUUGCCGCCGGAGCCCUCCUUCAGCACAAAUCCUCGGCUGCCCUCGGCAAGGGCGUCCUGAGCAGGAGACCCGAGAAUGAGACCGUGCUGCACCAGUUCUGCUGCCCUGCUGCCGACGCCGAGCAGAAGCCUGCCUGCUCCGACCUGGCCUCCCAGAGUGACGGCUCCUGUGCCCAGGCCGGUGGGGGCAUGGAGGACUCCGCAGUGGCAGCCGGCAGACCCAGUGUCCAUGCCCCGAAGGCUCAAGCCCAGGAGCUGCAGGAGGAGGAGGAGCGGCCGGGGGCGGGUGACGGCUCCUGUGCCCAGGCCGGUGGGGGCAUGGAGGACUCCGCAGUGGCAGCCGGCAGACCCAGUGUCCAUGCCCCGAAGGCUCAAGCCCAGGAGCUGCAGGAGGAGGAGGAGCGGCCGGGGGCGGGGGGCGGGGGGACCUCCUAG